AUGGCCUCCCGCUCCACCACGCAGCCAUCUCAAGCCGCCCCAAAGUCCCCAUUCUUCCAGCAACGUGACGCGUUAGUGGGGGAGAUUGCCAUUAGCCUCGAGAAUGUCCUUCAAAAUAUGAACAAGCUCAAUCGCUCACUGGAGGGCGUAAUUGCCGUCGGCAACGAAUUCGGAGCGGUGGAGGCGCUGUGGAGUCAGUUCGAAGGGGUGAUGGCGCAGGAGCCUGGGGGGGAGGGUAAGGAGGGGGAGACAGAAGGGAGUGGGGAAGAGGAGGAAGAAGAAGUUGAGAGUGCUGGAGAGGCGGAGAAGGUGGAUGAAAGGGGGAGGGGACGAUGA